AUGGCUAAUCCUUUUCUCAUGGACGAUGAUCUCGAUGGCGGCGAUGUAGCCGUCAAUCCCUUCUUGAUGCACAGUGAACAGGAUGCAGCGGGCGGUGAAUCAGCGGAGAAUCCCUUUGGUGAAUCCGCCUCCAAUCCCUUUGCCUUUGGUGGCGAUGAGCUGGAAACGGAGACAGCCGACCAUGUGCCCGAUAUUGAUCCGGCGAUGAGUUUCUUUGGCACCACCAUCGAGGCAGAGGACGAUGCACUGAGUCUCAAGUCCGCUGCCGAGGAGGAUGAUGAGGGCAAGAAGCAAGCAGGUGGAGGAGCACCACCGCCUCGACCACAGCCACCACAGAGCACACAGGAGCUGAUCAACACGGUGUCCAGUCAGCUGGACGAGACCAGCUCAGAGCUGUUGGGUCGCAUACCCGCCACACGUUCGCCCAGUCCCAUCUCCAUGCGGGAUCUUCACUCACCUAGUCCCACGCCCGACUCGGGACUAGCCGAUCUCCUGGACGUCGAUGUGGAUGUGUCGGACAGUGGCUCCAGUGCCAAUACUCAAGGCAUUGAGACGGAUCUCAUGGGUGGCAGCAUCAUUGCGGCAGCUCCAGCUCCAGCUCCAGCUCCAGUGGCAGCGGCGCCCCUAGACAAUCCCUUUGGUGUGCCAACGGCGUUGCCCAAUCUGCAGGGAGCGGCACCGUUGCCAUCACCGGCCAAGCAGCAGCCACCGCGUCCGCCACCGCCGCGUCCAGCGCCCCCAAGGCCAACACCGCCGCCACAGCUGAUGCAGGGUCAGCAUGGACAACAGCAACCGGCGCCGCCGCAACGUCCGCCACCACCAUCAGCCCAACCGGCGCCAGCUCCUGCUCCCGCGCCUGCCGCUGACGAUCUGCUGGACAUGUUUGGCAGCAGCAGCAAGCCAGCGAAACCGCCACCACCCAAGACCAAGGAGGAUAUACUCAGCCUGUUCGAGCAGCCAGCGGCGCCAGCUGCCAAACCCGAUUUGCUCAACGACGAUCUGCCCGAGCAGCAGCAGCAGCAGCAGCAACAACCUCAGCAGGCGAAUGGCGCUCGAGAUGAGCCCAUCUUUAGUUCGCUGCUGAUACGACCGGACGAUAGCACCCAUGACAUUACCUCACAGCCACAAGCGGCAACCUUGGCGCACAUUGCGGCACCGCCGGAGGCUACGCAGCGCCAGCGAGCGCCCACGCCGGACAUUGAGAUCACCACGGUGGAGGAUCUGCCACGUUCCGAUGAUGAGGAUGAGGAGCCGGAGCCAACGCCCGUGAAGGUUGAAGCCGAACCCGAGCCUGAGCAGCCUGCUGAACCUGAAUUGCAACUGGAGCUGGAGACGCAGGCUGAACCGGUUGUCGAACCGGUUGAACCGGAGCCAGAGCCGGAACCCGAACCGAUUGCCAUUGAGUCGGAUCAGAGUCCUCCCACAGAGUCGGCGGCCACCACUCAAGCGGCGAAUGUGGAGCUGGGCAGCGAUGAACCGGAGCAGAUGGACACUGGACUGGAUUUCCCGGGGUUGGCGAGUGGACAGCUCUCGGCCAAUCCGUUUGCCAGUCCCGAGGAGGAGGACGAACCGAGUUUUGCGCCUGCGCCGAUUGUCAGCAACAUUUUCGCGGUGGACGAGCCGGAAACGGAACCACAACCGCCGGAGGUGCAACCACGACAGGCUCCAGCAGUGCCACCUGCCAGCAGCUAUGUGAGCAACAUCUUUGCCGUCGAGCCGGAUGAGUUCGAUGCGUUCUCAGCCAAGUUUGAUUCCGUGAAGAAGGACAACAUCAGCAUACUGGAUGGGUUCGGUGGCGGCGGCUCGGGUGCCAUAACACCCACUGGAGGAGAUGCUUGGGGUGACAGCGCUUUUGGCUCGGCGACGACAACGGCCAACGCCUUUGGUGAGGUGAACUCGGCUGACGAUGGCUUCGGCAAUGAGGACGAUGACUUUUAUGCGAUGCAGGCGCCGGCACGUGCCGAUUCUGUGGAGUCCGUGGACAAAGAGUUUAGCGUGGUCAUACGACCCAAAGCCGAAGGCUCUUCCGGGGUAGCACCACAGUUGGCGCCACCGCCGCCACCGGCUCGCGGUGCAGCUGUAACAGCGACAACGCCACCGGCAGUCAAUCCCUUCGAGGAUGUGAGCGGUUUCCCAGCGCCACCGGCAGCCGCUCCCAAUGCCGAGGGCAGCAUCAAACGCACCGAUUCACAGGAUACACCACAGACGCCGCUGUACGACGAGGAUGUGUCACAGCCGCUGGAGGAAUUCCCGCGACUUCAUUACGUCGGACCCGGAUGGGAGAUGCAGCUGCGUCAGCCGAACAAGAAGAAGAUCACCGGCCAACGGUUCUGGAAGAAGAUCUUUGUACGUCUCGUCGUGCAGAACGAUGUGCCCGUAGUGCAAUUACUCAAUCAGGCUGGGGACAAGCAACCGUUCCAGGAGCUGCCACUGCAACCAUCGUAUUCGGUAUCGGAGAUCGGAGCCCAACAGUACGAUCAGUUCGGCAAGAUCUUCACCAUGAAGCUGCAGUACAUCUUCUACAAGGAGCGUCCGGGCGUGCGACCCGGUCAGGUGACCAAAGCAGAACGCAUCACCAACAAGCUGACAAAGUUUGCACAAUAUGCCAUCGCCGGCGACUACGAGGGCGUCAAGGAGUUUGGCAGCGAUCUCAAGAAACUCGGCUUGCCCGUCGAGCAUGCACCGCAAUCAUCGCAGCUCUUCAAGAUCGGUUCGAUGAACUACGAGGAUAUGAAACAGUUUUCCGUAUGCAUUGAGGAGGCACUCUUCAAGCUGCCCGCGUUGCGUGAACGUGCGCUCACAUACAAAAUGGAGGAGGUGCAGGUGACGGCGGUGGAUGAGAUCACCGUUGAGCAGGACUACGAGGGUAAAAUCCUGAAACAGAUCGCUCGAGUGCGUCUCUUCUUUUUGGCCUUCCUCACUGGCAUGCCCACCAUCGAGUUGGGCGUCAACGAUAUGUGGCGUCAGGGCAAAGAGGUGGUGGGACGACACGACAUCAUUCCGGUGGCCACCGAGGAGUGGAUUCGCUUGGAGGCGGUCGAAUUUCACAGUGUGGUCAAUCAACAGGAGUACGAACGUACGCGCACCAUCAAGUUCCAGCCACCAGAUGCCAAUUACAUUGAACUGUUGCGCUUCCGUGUGCGUCCGCCCAAGAAUCGUGAACUUCCGCUGCAGCUGAAGGCCACCUGGUGUGUCACUGGCAACAAGGUGGAGCUGCGCGCCGACAUCCUUGUGCCUGGCUUCACCUCGCGUAAGCUCGGACAAAUCCCCUGCGAGGAUGUCUCGGUGCGUUUCCCCAUACCCGAGUGUUGGAUCUAUCUGUUCCGUGUGGAGAAGCAUUUCAGAUAUGGCUCUGUAAAAUCGGCCCAUCGACGCACGGGCAAGAUCAAGGGAAUUGAGCGCAUUCUCGGCGCCGUGGAUACGCUGCAGGAGUCGCUGAUCGAGGUGACUUCCGGCCAGGCAAAGUACGAGCAUCAUCAUCGCGCCAUCGUCUGGCGCUGUCCCCGCUUGCCCAAGGAGGGUCAAGGUGCUUACACAACACAUCAGCUGGUGUGCCGCAUGGCACUCACGUCAUACGAUCAAAUACCCAGCGAACUGGCGCCAUACGCAUUCGUGGAGUUUACCAUGCCCGCCACGCAGGUCUCGCAUACCACCGUGCGCUCCGUGAGUGUCCAGGACUCCGAUGCCGAUGAGCCCCCCGAGAAGUAUGUCCGCUAUUUGGCACGGCACGAGUACAAGGUUGGCAUCGAGACCACGCACGGCGAGUCCACGAAUGCGUAUUUGGCGGCAACGCGUCCAAUACGCGAGGAGUCCUCCAGUGGCACCGGUGCUAGCAAAGCAACUGCCUCGCCAGUGCCACCAAGCGACUCGGACUCGGACUCCAAUUAAGCUGCAUCACACACACACGUACACAUAUAUAAAAUACACACUCACAUACACACACACACACACAAAGAGACAAACAAUAGCGAUUGCUGAAUGGAAACCGAGUUUCUUAGAGUGCGACAGAAAGAUGCUUUGAUUAACAUCCUUUGCUUUAGCCCAACGUGUUCUCAUCGUAUUAGUUCAUUUCGUACACAUUACGUAUACGCGACGUGUGAGUAGCUCGAUUAAAUUGGAUAAAUUGGAUUAGUUGACAAUAAAAAUAUAGGAAAAGCAAGCACAUGGGGCAUGGAGAGUCUCCCAAAAAGAAAAAAAGGAAUGAUGGAUUGUAUUGCAUUAUUGUAUCUAUUAUUGAGUUCUGUUGAUGCGUAUACUAAACAUACACCUACAUACUAGACAUACUAUACUAUAUAUGUGUAAUCUCAUCACAAAUACUUACGAGUAAUUAGAUACGUUAACCAAAGGAAGGAGAAGAAGCGACCAAACGAUGCGAACAAACGAUCUGAGUUAUUGUAAGCGUACGUAAAGUCAACCCAUACAUAUGCAUAGAGAUAAUGGUUAAACAAGUUACAUACAUGCAUAUAUA